GGGCGGGGAGGGGACGGGCAGCUCCGGGAGGCGGCACCGCUCCCCCCCUGCCCCUCUCCGCCGCCGGCGCGGGCAGUGAUGAGGCGGCCGCGGGGAGCGGAGCAGCCGGAGUUUGUUUGCUGCCUGCCCUCGCCUUCCCUGAUGCUCUGAGCCGGAGUCUCCUCCUCUCCCCGGGUUCACACCCGGGCUGGAUGCUCCGCUCGCUCCUCGCCUCGCUGCCAGAGCCGCCGGCCACUUCUCACCGCCUCGCAAGAGAUGGACCCGUCCGCUGCCCCCCUGGACACUACCCCGGACCCCGCCAUCGUGCAGCCCCCCGGGGCCAGCCCGCCCGUGCCCCCACGGGAGCAGCAGCAGCAGCAGCAGGAGCAGCUGCGGAUCGGGGAGAGCGGGCAGUUCAGCGAGGGGCUGGAGGACAGAGGUUUACUAGAAAGCAGUACAAGGCUAAAACCUCAUGAAGCUCAAAGCUACAGAAAGAAGGCAUUGUGGGUUUCCUGGGUCUCCAUUAUUGUCACACUGGCUCUUGCAGUGGCUGCUUUCACUGUCUCCGUGAUGAGAUACAGUGCAUCCUCCUUUGGAUUUGCUUUUGAUGCCACGCUGGACGUGCUGUCGUCGGCGAUAGUGCUGUGGCGGUACAGCAACGCAGCCGCCGUGCACUCUGCACACAGGGAGUACAUAGCUUGUGUUAUUUUGGGUGUCAUAUUCCUCCUGUCAUCUAUAUGUAUUGUGAUCAAAGCCAUCCACGAUCUUGCGAAGAAGGUGCUUCCAGAAGUGGAUGAUUUUCUGUAUAGUGUGUCUGUUUUAAGUGGAAUCCUUUGCACUGUCUUGGCAGUAAUCAAAUUUAUGCUGGGAAAGGUCCUUACAAGCAGAGCACUGAUAACCGACGGUUUCAACUCUCUUGUAGGUGGAAUAAUGGGAUUUUCCAUCCUUCUUAGUGCAGAAGUGUUUAAACACAAUUCUUCUGUCUGGUACCUGGAUGGCAGUAUAGGAGUGUUAAUUGGACUUACAAUAUCUGCCUAUGGAAUCAAGCUGCUCAUCGACAUGGUGCCCCGGGUGAGGCAAACGCGCCACUACGAGAUGUUCGAGUGAAGGUGCCGCCCUCUCCUCUGUAAGGACUGUAAAACUACAGCGUCCUGUGUUUUGGCAAGUGGUGCCAAUGGUAUUUUACUGAAUAUGCAGUUUGUUUCCCGUGGUCUGUUUUUGUUGAAGUUUGUUUUAAUGGGAAAUCUCUCUGUAAAUCUGGCAUAUGUGCACACCGCUUGCAAAUUCUGCCAAACAGCAGCGUCUUUUUAUUUCCAGUAUGCUAUUGAUUCCUGUGACAAUAGAAAACAUGCAGUUUGCAGUUUGAACCCAGCUGCCAUGUUGUAUAUUCCAGAGUGAAAGUGUUCUUAAUGAUGUGGUAAGCCUGUGGGUAAAGAAGUGCCAGUUUCAGAUUUGGGGUUUGGUUUUAUUUUCCCCCAUGGCCUGUAUUUUCCCAGACACGUGCUGGAACAGGAGUACAAUCCUUGCUAACCUCUUCGACUGAGACUAUCUCACACAGAGUCUGGACACCAAGAGCUGUGUUGCUUAAAACACUUAAGUAGAUAUUUCCCCCCCCUCCUCUUGAAAUAGACACCCAGAAAGAGCAGGCACAGCCCUUUCUGUGACCAGAGAGAAAACUGUGUUUUAAUUCCAAAUUAACCGAAACUGUACCUCUUCAAUUUAAACUCAAUUUUUUUUCCUUAACAAGACACUGUUCAUAGCUUUGCAUGGACCAAACAAGCACACACAGUAUUACUGUACAGACCAAAGCCAAAAAGUCAUGCAGGGAAGAGGAGCUGCUCAAGGAAUGGGAUUUUUCAUCUCCUGUUGUACCAUAUGCAGCUGUACCAGCGUGUGUAACGUUGUGGUUGCUCUGUAGUCCGACGACGGCACAGCAGUGGCUCAAUCUUGUGGUGAGAUACAGAUCUAUUUAUUAGAUUUAGAUUGUCCUGUAAAGUGUUGCUCACUUUUCAUCACACAUCUUAUAUAUUACUUGAUAGCAGGUUAAAUGAUCAAAGAAUCUGGAUGUAUAAUCAAUAAAAAACUGGUAUCUAUUUUAUACAGUAUCUGUAAGUAACAUUUGAAAACUAUUUCCAGAAUGUAUCAUAGAACAAAGUCUUCCUGUAUAGCAGCCUAUUAAACUGGAUUCUCUGGCU